AUGGCCAAACGCAACCCACACAACCUACGGCCACUUUGCACUUCAGCACCUGCUCCGCUCUCUUUCUCAGUGGGGCUCUGGAACUGCCAGUCAGCUGUGAACAAAACUGACUUCAUUCCAGCCUUUGCCACACAGUCCACCCUCAGCAUCCUGGCACUGACAGAAACAUGGAUACGUCCAGAGGAUACAGCAACACCUGCUGCUCUCUCCAACAACUUCUUCUCUCAUACCCCUCGACACACCGGUAGGGGUGGGGGAACAGGUCAGCUGACAAACUUUCUUGAGGAGUUGGAUGACCUGCUGUCCUCCUUGCCGGAGGAUGGUAGGCCAGUUGUGGUUCUUGGUGAUUUCAACAUACACCAAGACAAUCCCCAGGCCACUGAACUGAAUACUCUCCUGGCCUCAUUUGACUUGGAAAGACUACACACCACAGCAACUCACAGAUUGGGCAACCAGCUGGACCUCAUUUUUACACGGAACUGUUCCAACUCAAAUAUUCUUGUUACUCCUUUACAUGUCUCUGAUCACUACUUUGUUCAAUUCAACAUGACUCUCCCAUCUACAGUAAAACAGUCUCCACCUUUGGUUUCAUUUCGCCGUAACCUCCGUUCUCUUUCACCCUCACACCUCUCCACUGCUGUCUCUACCUUUCUUCCCACACUAAAUGUAUUUACCACAAAUGUAAACAAUGCCACAGACACACUAAGCUCCUGUCUAAACAACAUCUGUCCUAUCUCCUCUAGGCCAGCACGUGCUACACCACCCAGCCCCUGGCUGUCUGACGUCCUUCAUGAACAUCGGACUGACCUCAGGGCAGCUGAGAGGAGAUGGCGGAAAUCUAAAGAUCCAGCAGAUCUAGAACAAGCUGCUGGAUGACAAUCAGUCAGGUUUCAAAAGUGGACACUCCACCGAGACUGCCCUGCUGUCUGUCACUGAGUCGCUGAGACGGGCGAAAGCUGAAUCCAGAUCAUCCGUCCUGAUUCUGCUGGACCUUUCUGCAGCCUUUGACACAGUCAACCAUCAGAUUUUACUCUCCACCCUCUCCUCGCUGGGCUUCACAGGAACUGUGCUUGACUGGUUUAACUCCUAUCUCUCAGCCCAACGACACCACAGUGACUGCUCGAAUUUCUGCCUGCCUGGCAGACAUCUCGGCCUGGAUGAAGGAGCACCACCUGCAACUCAACCCAGCCAAGACUGAACUCCUUGUCUUUCCAGCCAACCCUGCUGUUGAA